UCUCCACUCCACUUGGGCUGAUGUUCCCAGCUCAUCAUCGGACCAUCGACUCUGUAUCCGAUGGAUCGCGGACUACUUGUACCCGCAUCUGUGGACGAUGAGGAUUUCGAACCACGAAUUGGAGCGUGUCAGGCUCUCGUCUUUAUCGUCAAAUUGCGUCUCCAACUGUUCCCGUGGAAGAGAGGUCAAGGCAGUUGGACUUAGGCGCGGUAGGAUGUCAGCCUGAGGCAUCAGCGACGAAAGCGAGACUCGCCGAGAUUGUGCCGACGUCACUGCAGAAGGUACAGCCCGCAUAUGCACGCAUCCUCCGGGAGUGAACAGUGUCUCUGCGUGCUCAGAGACAACCGACCAUGGCAUUACCUCAGUCGGCGUACAAAGACCGGCAGUUCCUGGCCGUGAUUGGGGAUGAGGAUUCCGUCACCGGUAUCUUACUGGCAGGCGUAGGCCACGUCACCGACCCCCCAGACUCGCAGAAGAACUUCCUCGUCGUCGAUUCAAAGACAGAGAACAGCACGAUUGAAGGGGCAUUUGACAGCUUCACGCAAGAGCGGAAGGAUAUUGCGAUUGUGUUGAUUAAUCAGCAUAUUGCGGAUCGGAUACGAAGCAAGGUCGACCAGUAUAACGAGGCUUUUCCCAGCUUGCUGGAGAUUCCGAGUAAGGAUCAUCCGUAUGAUCCCGAGAAGGAUAGUGUGUUGAAGCGGGUGAGGAAGCUAUUUGGGGACGAGUGAGGUAUGAGGGGUAGGGAUUGUGUUAUUGAAACAAUAUAAGCGGAAUCGUCCCAUGCAUGACUGCACAAUCCGAACCCGCUCGGGGGUCGCUGGUGUUUGAGACAGACACGAUUGCGGCGGACGAUAUGAAAGAGACGAGGACGCUUAGAAAUAGGAAUGCGUAGACCAUACAGAACAGC